GCGGGCAAAUAUUGUUUCCAUCGACAAAGGCACAAAGCUAAUUCGCAAAGGGAACGUUUCAUUUUAGGGACUAUGUAGAGAAAAAGGAUGUCAGCUUCACAAACACAGUGUAGGCAGGCAGGCAGCCAACCCCAGCCCAGACCCGACGUUACCGGGUUCCCAAAUCCCCAAAUCUAGCUAAUCCCCCCCAAAAUCUCACUCCAGUCAAACCACCACCAUCUCCGCCAUGGACUUCCCCCAUAACCCUUCCACGAAUUCCCCCUCCUCCUCCUCCUCCACCUCAUCCUCCACCGCGCACCACCCUCCUCCCUCCACCACCACCGACAACGAUCCGAUGCACUCCUGGUGGGAAUCUGUCUCCAAACAGCGUUCUCGCAUCCUUUCCCUCUCCUCUCUCCUCCCAUCGGAUGGACUCACCCUUUCCUCCUUAGCCGACUCUGACCGCCCCGCUUUCUCUCUCCUCUCCUCUCCCGCCGCUUACUCGCUAAUAUCCUCUGCCCUUUCUUCUCCUUCCUCCGGCUCCGGCUCUGACCCUCUCUGCCAAUGGCUCUAUGAAACUUUCCAAUCCUCCGAUCCUCAUCUCCGCCUCCUCGUCCUCUCUUUCCUCCCUCUCCUCUCCGGCAUCUACCUUUCCCGCAUCCACUCCUCGGAUUCUUCUUCCCUCCCUUCCCUCGCAGGCUUCGAAGCCGUUCUCCUCGCUGUGUACUCCUCCGAAGCCAAAUCCCGCUCCGGCAAACCGCUACUCGUCCAAAUUCCUGACCUCUCUCAACCUUCUCUUUACCACACUCCUCGUAACAAGCCCGUUAAUGACAGAUCUAGACAAUCCGUCGGCGUCUUAUCACCUCCGCUCGAGCCACAUUUAGCCGUUAAGUCAACUAAGCGAGCCAUCAUCGUUGGAACCGCGCUUGAUUGCUAUUACAAGCAAGUUUCUCAAAUGCCGGCUUGGUCUAAGCUCGAGUUUUGCAAAUUCGCCGCCGCUUGGGCGGGGCAAGAUUGUCCUUGCAGAACGAAGUUUGACGCUGAUGAUCAUGAUCACAACGAAAACGGGAAUGGGAACAGUAACGGACAUGACCGCUUUUUUAGGGAGGAUUCGAGGUUUAGUAACGGAACGAGGAAUCGUGACGACGAUGACGUGGACGAUGAGGAUGAUGUGAUUAAGGAUGUGGUGGUGGAGAUGGACAAUUUGGGCAUAAAUAAAGAAGAUGCGGAGAAUUUGGAGAAAAAGGGAGUGAGGAUCCCGUUACCUUGGGAACUUUUAAGGCCGGUGGUGACAAUUCUAGGGCAUUGUUUGUUUGGUCCUUCGAAUUCCCAAGAUGUAAAGGACGCUGCCUCGGUUGCGAUUAGGUGUUUAUACGCGAGGGCGUCUCAUGAUUUGGCGCCACAGGCGAUCUUGGCGUUGCAGAGUCUGAUUAGGCUUGAUAAGAGUGCAAGAGCAGCUGCAAAGGCAGCUGCUGCGGCUGCAGCUAACACUUCUUCGAACGCUAACACUCCUAGCAAGGCUAAGAAGCCAGAAAUCCUUUUGGUUUCCAAGUGAUUUUAAUGUUUUGCUUGUGAAGGUAAUGGAUGUGUAUAGUUGAGCUUAGGUAUCUUUGUGUAGGAUUAUUUAUACUAUGUGGAAAAUCAAUUUUACUUUUAGUUUAUUUAUUAUCCUUAGAAUUGUAUUCAUUAUCCCCCCUCUUUAUGUUUUUGUUUUUUUUCUUCUGAAUUAUGUUUAGUGAGUUUAUAUCAUUUGUAAGGUCUUGACGCUUGUGGAUUUCUUAUUGCUUAAAAGAUGUGCGGUUUCAUCUUGAAUGAGUUUGAAUUGGCUUUUGUUUUUAUUGUAACAUUGUCUUGUAAUCUUUGUUUAGCAAUGCAAUAUUAUGAGUCCUUCAUCUC